ACCAGAUCAGAAUUAUAACAAAUCAUGAGUAAUCAAUGCUUUGUGGGUGUAUCUGAUAAAGAGCUUGGCGACUGUCACAAGAGAUCAAAAUGGACGCCAGACAACGAGAAACUGAAGGAAUAUCUACGAAUUACAUCCACACAAACCCAACGUCACUGAAGGAAUCUUCAAUGUGACUCUCAGUUUAGUUGCUCUACACUGCCUCCAGCUGGUAGGUGUGUUUAAGACCUGUGAUGGCUGAAGUGCGGAAAUCUCGGUCCACUGGUUGUUUCUCCGACCUCCUCCCGGGAGACGCGAGUCCGGACUCCACCUGCGAUGGCUCUGACCUGGACUCCGAACCUGACUCCGACAUGGACAUGUUCUGCUGUCACCGAGUGCAGGACUCCCUGCUGAGCUCUGCCAGUCGCUUCACUGACUACCGAGGGAUCCUAAACUGGAUCAUUAUCCUCCUGGUCCUGACUCAUGCACACCUCUUCCUGGAGAACUUCAUUCAACAUGGGUUCUUGGUCGAUCUGUGGAAGGUUCUGGAACACCUGAUUGAGGACGACUGGCCGUCGGUCUACCUCAUCAUGGCUGCCAACCUGUUCACUGUCGCCGCCCUGCUGCUGGAACAGUGCCAGGACAAGGGGCAGAUCCCAUCCAGUGUGGGGCGCUGUCUACACCUCUUGAACCUGGCGGUUUUGAUGCUGUUUCCCUCUACUGUUAUUCUACAGCAGGACACCUCUCUAUCCACAGGAGGCGCCCUCCUCUCUCUCUGUAUCUACACUGUCCUGGGGCUUAAACUGUAUUCAUACCAAGAGACAAACAGGUGGUAUCGACAGGACCUUGUCAUGGCUCCAGGGAUUAAAUCACAGGAAAGUGGAGAGCGAACCGACCAUUUGACCAUUGGGGACUUGUACUAUUUCCUCCUGGCCCCCACCCUCUGCUACCAGAGGGACUUCCCAUGCACCCCCAGCAUCCGCCUCAACUUCCUGUUCCACAGGCUGCAGGAGAUGGUGGUCCUUACACAGCUCAUGGUGGGAAUUGUGCAGCAGUGGAUUGCUCCCCUAUUCCAGAGGUCAGAUAACUCCUUCACAAACAUGGACGUCACUACAAGGAUUGAGCACUUGGUGGAGCUGGUGGCACCAACCCAUUUCCUGUGGCUGAUGCUCUUCUUCCUGUUCUGUCACUCCUGCCUCAACUUCAGCGGAGAGCUGCUGCGCUUUGGGGACCGACAUUUCUAUGGCGACUGGUGGAAUGCUGACACCCUCAAGAGCUUUUGGAGAAAACUGACUGUUCUGUUUCACAAGUGGAGCCACAGACAUCUGUACACCCCGCUGGUGAAGAGGGGAGUCCCGCCCAGGCAGGCUGAGCUACUGGCCUUCCUGAUGUCCGCAGUUCUCUGUGAGUAUGUCAUAGCUGUGCCCCUGAGGACCUGGCGUCUGUGGAUCUUCCUCCUCAUGCUGCUGGAGCUCCUGGUCGCAGUGUUCCUGGGACGCUACUUCACUGGUAACUAUGGUAACGGAUUGGUGUGGCUCUGCCUUCUGAUGGGUCCCCCUCUGGCAGUGAUGACGUACUUCCACGACCAUUACAUCACCAACCGCGGCCAGCCCCACUGGACCCUCUACUGAACUCUACCACCAUGAGCCCACCCACCCCGGACAUUCACUUACACCUCUACCUUUAUAUCCUCCCUAUACCUGUUCACCUGAGUGAAAUGGUAGAAACACAGAAUGGUGUGAAAUGCGUGUGUGUGUGUUUGUGUGAGUGUGUGUGUGUGUGUGUGUGUGUGUGUGUGUUUGUGUGUGCACCUGUAUAUGUAAUUGGGUUUGGUCGUAUUCCUCUCCCCGCUCCAUUCUCAACUAACAGGAAGCACAUUGUCUCCAGAUGGAAAUAUGACGAUGUUGUCAUAUAAUGCUACCCUUUGAUCUGUAAUAAAAGGCCUGUCAGCUGAUAACCGAGAAACCCUAGGUCUGAAUGCCUGUGUGUGUGUGUGUGUGUGUGUGUGUACACAUAUGGGGGAUAGUGUUGCAUUGUAGUUCCCAGCAUCUUACAUACAACUUCUAAACGGUUACACCGUGAUUCUGCAAAAAUGGGCCAUUCAUCAAUUCUUUGUACAAUUCUAAGGUACUCCACCUGGAAGCUGAGUGUAGUUUGCCAGUAGCAGUAAAAUAAUAUCCAGCUGUUCUUAUGCUUGACUAUUUUGCAAUAAGUGCUUACUUGUCUUGAAGCCACCAUGGACAAGUGACUCACUUCACCACAUGCCCACGGUGACUCCCACGGUUUUUCACUCGCAGUGGAAAAAUGGAUCAGUCCAUUUGAAGACCUUGAGAGCUUCCUGUAAGAACAUUGACCUUGUUUAGACUCCCUCAGAGAGGAAGUCUGAAGGUUUCCAGGGGACUAAGUACUGUGUACAGAUUUUUCUUAAGAGUAUCCAGACAUCCGUUGGGAAAUUUGAAAAGAUGUGCUUUUUUUGUGUAGUUGGCGACAUUGGCUCAGGAGGUAAGAGCAGUCACUUGGAAGUCGGAGGGUUGCCGGUUCGAUCCCGCCCUGGGUGUGUAGAGGUGUCCCUGAGCAAGACACCUGACCGCCAAUUGCUCCUGACAAGCUGGUUUGUGCCUUGCAUGGCAGCCAAUCGCCAUUGGUGUGUGUGUGUGUGUGUGUGUGUGUGUGUGUGUGUGUGUGUGUGUGUGUGUGUGAGUGAGAGUGAAUGGAUGAAUGAGAAGCAUCAAUUGUACAGUGCUUUGGAUAAAGGCGCUAUAUAAAUUCCAACCAUUUAGCCAUUUCCUAGUGAUAAAAAAAAAAACUCAAUAUAAUUUCUAAAUUACAGAUAGAUGAUUCACUAACAGUGAGUGACACUGCAUGGUGGAGUGUGUAUAUGUUUAUUAUGUGGUGUGUAUGUGUGCGUUUGACCACUGGACCAAGGAGUGUAAUUCUUAUAAAUUAUUUUAGUGAGGUAUAACUUUAAAUAAUCCCAGGUGUAAAAUCCAGCUAUGACCAGCUUGAAAUACUAGCUACCAGAUGUUUCGAAACAGCUUGAGCUGGUCAAACCAUGUUGAGUAUGGAGCUGGUUUUACUGGUCAAAUAACUACCAGCUGUUUCAAAACCUAGCUUGAGUUUUUUAUUUUUUUCGGCGGGGAUGCCAUUUGAGUCAAAAACAUACAUUUUUAAAGACUAUGUACAAAUAUAUAUGAUAAGUCUGUCACACAAAUAAAUAUAUUAUAUGUAAAA